UGAUCAAUGUUCUCAUUGGUAGAAAGGAGAUUAAUGGGAGGAAAUUCAAACAAAUAAGCUCAAGAAAAGGAUACAUCUAUCAACGUCCUUAAGAUCAACGCCUCACCUCCGACCACUGCUACACCUCUCUCUCUCUCUCUCUCUCUCUCUCUCUCUCUCUCUCUCUGGAAACUCGAGAUACAUAAUCAAUCACUUAUAUACACACAAUCAAGAACAUAAACUCUCAUUCUUUUUUCGUCAUCCCUGCAACCUAAUCCCACCUCCCUUGUACACAUAAUGGCAGUGGAGUCUUUUAGAUUCAUCCUUGUAAACAUAGUGGCAAAAUCCUAAUCGAAGAUGGUUGAGGGUGACGAUCCUUCUUCUCUGGCAUCGAUGUAUGAUUUGAGAAAUCAGGGUUGGCGAUGUAGAUCUUAGAAGUCGAGGUGACAUAUCAGUGAAGGCCGAAGAUGGCCAUAAAAUAAACCCCAAAUCAUAGGUAAGGUAGCAACAGUGGAAUCUUCAGUAGGCAGAGAUCUAAGAGACGAUAGUGAACAGUGUAGGUAAAGAUAUGUGGCGGUGGUGGUGGUAGCCAUGAGGGCUAGAGAUUUGGAUGUUGGCGAUUGAGGAUUUACAGGUGGCAGAGAAAGCGGAGCUUCGGCUGAGGAUUCGUUUGUGUUCGCCAGAAACUAAUGCUUUUCAGAUCCAGUACAUCUUUCUCGUUUGUAGAUCUGGAAACCAAAAUAUGGCAUUACGAUGACCCUACCGGAGAAGACAAAUGAGUGGUGGGAGGUGGGUCACAUCGUAGGAGUUUGCAUCUGGAUCGCAAGCCAUCAGACUCGGAGUUUGCUAGGGGGAUGUGUUGCACAAGCAGGGGCGGCAGCAGUGGUGUAGGUGGUGGUUUUCAAGCACCGGUAGAAGAAAGGGAAAGGAUAGAUCGAUUAUGUUGUGAGAGAGAGAGAGAGAGAGAGAGAGAGAGAGUAGGGUGGGGUGUAGGGGUGAGGUGGAAAACAUCAAAGACAGUAUCAAAAUUUCACUCGAGGACAUAAUAUCGGCCACACAAAACUUCAGUGAUGACCACUUGAUUGGUAGGGGUAGAUUUGGGAAUGUCUACAAAGGACAAGUUACACACGCUAAUGGAUUUAAUGCCAUUGCUGCAAAGCGGCUGGACAGACUGUUCGGUCAGGGAGAACAGAAUUUUUGUUGGAGCUGCAUAUUCUUUUUGAGUAUAAACACGAGAAUAUCAUCGGUCUAGUAGGGUAUUGCAAAGAAAUGGGUGAAAGCAUCAUUGUUUAUGAGUAUGCGUCUAGAGGAAGUCUUGAUAGGUACUUGCCAGACAAUGGUCUUUCAUGGAUUAAACGACUUGAGAUAUGCAUUGAUAUUGCAAGCGGGUUGGAUGUCCUUCAUGGAGGUGGAGUAACACAAGAGGUGGCGGUGAUACAUAGGGACAUAAAAAGUUCAAACAUUCUACUAGAUGACAAUUGGAAAGCAAAAAUUACUGAUUUUGGGAUGUCCUUUAUAAGUCCAAUGAAUAAGGAUAUGGACUUUGUCAUCGAAAAUAAUACUUAUGGUACACUCGGCUAUUGUGACCCACUGUACCUUGAGAUCGGUUUCUUAACAAAGGAAUCUGAUAUAUACUCAUUUGGUGUGGUUUUAUUCGAGAUCUUGUGUGGGAGAUUGGUGCAUGAAUACAAAAAUGGCGAUCCUGGACAAUCUCUAGCCGAUUUGAUUAGAGUCCACUAUAAAAUGGGAAAGAUGGUGUUUGAAAGCAUAAAGCAACAAAUUGUUCCAAAAUCAUUGUCUACAUUUCAAAUGAUCGCCUAUCAAUGCUUACAUGAUGAAAGAGAACAAUGACCAACAACUAGUGAGGUGAUACUGCAACUUAAGAAAGCAUUGAAAUACCAAAUGGAAAACACAUCUGCCAACAACAGAGCGAUUGCUUCUGCAACAAAUGAACUUGUUCCUCCUUUAGCUCAUAAUGUGUUGGUGCCUCCACACAAACCAGAGAAAUUCAAUGGUUUGGAUUUUAAAGGAUGGCAACAGGAAAUGAUUGGCUACUUGAAAAUACUCAACUUGGAUGGAUUUCUGACUGAGGAUCCACCCAAGUUGAAUGCUCAAGUAGGAGACAUUCAAUCACUGCCUGUCAUUGACGCUUGGAAGAAUUCAGAUUUGCUUUGUCGUAAUUAUGUAUUGAAUGGCUUAGUGGAAGCAUUAUCAAACAAGUAUAGUACCACUAAAAGAGCAAAAGAAUUAUGGGAAUCUUUGGAACAGGAGUACAAUACUGAGGAUGUUGAUGUUGUUGCACGUUUUCUAGAGUACAAAAUGGUGGAUUCUAAAACAGUUGUGGAUCAGGUGCAAGAACUCCAAAUAAUCAUGCAUGACAUCCAUGCCAAGGGAACGACAUUGAGCGAGAAUUUUCAAGUACUUGCAAUUGUUGAAAAGUUGCCUCCAACUUGGGUUGAUUUCAAGAAAUAUUUGAAACAUAAGAGAAACGAAAUGAGUGUGGAGGACCUCAUCGUGCAGCUACAAAUUGAGGAGGGUAAUAGGUUGGCUGAAAAGAGAGGGUAUGUUUCAGAUGUGGCUAUUUAGGCUAAUUUUUUCGAAACUGACCAACCUUCGAGGGCCAACAUUUGAAAGAUGGCUAGCACAAAAAGGUAAAGUUUUAUCUUGGGUCAAAACUCAAAAGCUGGAAAGUUAGAAAAGAAAUUAUGAGGAAAAUGCUACAAUUUAGAUCAGUUUGGCCACAAGUCUUAGAGUUGAUGCUAUUUGACUUAUUUUAAUUAUUUAGUUGUUUUUUUAGCAUAAAAUUUGAAUAUUUUUUAAAUUAUAAAUUUAAUAUAGCAAUAGAUUUUUGACUGAAUUGUAGGAAAUAAAUAUUCUGUAGGAAUUAUAAAUUUAAUAUAACAAUAAAAAUUGGUAAAAAAAUCAUGGAAAAUUUGUAGGAAAUACAUAUUCUGUAGGUAUUCUGUAGGAAAUAAAAUCCAAUAAAGUCUGUAGGUAAUCUGUAGCAAAAGCAGUUGAUAGGUAUUUCGUAGGAAAAGAUGAUGGUAGGUAAUCCGUAGGAAAAGUAGUUGGUACGUAUUCUGUAGGAAAAUCAGUUUGUAGGUAUUCUGUAGGAAAAUAAUUCGUAUGUAUUUUAUAGCUGUUUCGUAAGUAAAUAGUCCGUAGGUAAUCUGUAGGUACUCCGUAGUUAACGUGUUCCGUAUGUAUUCCAUAGUUAAAUUUGUAACAGAAUAUUCCGUAGGAAAUACGUAGGAAGGUUUGUAGCUAAUUUGUAGGAAAAAUUACCCACAAAGGUUUUCCCUACAACCCGUUUUUUGUAGGAAAUCUAUAGGUAACACCUUGUUCCUACGGAUUUCCUACCAAUUUUGCUGUAGUUAAUUACUUAGUUUUCUAGUAGUGGUUGCCCAAGUGAAAGAAGACAUGAGAAGUGAACCACUUAUAUAUAAGUGUGUCACGCAAGAGAUGCCCAAAAAAAUGGCCCUUGUAUUUAUGAUUUCGUAAUUAAUCUCCUCAUGUGCAUUAUGAGAAAGAGUUGUAUAGACUUUUAUUGUCAUGCCAUCAUUUGUCAGGGGGUAAUUAUGUAAAAAAAACCUAUGUAUUAUGAGAAAGAGAUGUAUAUAUAUUUUUUAAUACAAGCCUUGGCUUUUGGCAAACUUUUCGAAUUAUACAUUUUAGCAGGUUUCAUCGUGAUGUGAUGUGUCGGUAAGGCUGGAGGGAGUGGUGCCACCGAAACCGCACUCCCCCCCCCCCCGCCACAUAAGCGUCACGUCACUUUUUACCAUACAAGUGUGGUUUCAUGCAACACCAAGGGAGUGAGAUUAUGGUAAAGAGAGAGAAAAAGAAAAAAGAAGAAGAAGAAUAAGGUGAUUGGUUGAAAGAGAAGAGAGAGAACAAACAAAAGAGGAGAGAGAGAGAGUGAAAGUGCAGCAAGGGAGUACCGCACUGCGGCCUAAACCGCACCAAACCGCAGUCAGGGGGCGGUGUUCCCAUGCCUAUGUAGCAAAAGGUGCGGUAAAG